CAGUUCUGCAGAAAAUUGUAGAGAUCCUGAGACAUUUCACUGUUAAGAUCUAAUAUAAAGACAGUUCCAGGAAGAUAUAUUUUAUUCUCUGCUGAUUGGAUGGGAGGGAUUUUUGACCUUGGAAAGUGGAGAUGAUGUUGCUAUGGAAACUAGUCAUUCUGCUGCCACUCCUGAGCUGCAACACAGAGGAAGAUACUCUUCACAGUCCUAUUUUUAUCCAAGAGCCAUAUGACAUCACUUAUUCUGUUGGUUCAGAGGAUCCUGAAAUACUACUGAAUUGUACAGCCAAAGGAUAUCCAUUGCCAUACUACAGGUGGAAGCAAAAUGGCAGAGAUAUUGAUCUUACCAUGAGUUAUCACUACAGGUUGGUUGGAGGCAGCUUAGCAAUCAAUAACCCACAUACAAAACGGGAUAUUGGAACAUACCAGUGUUUGGCUACAAAUUCAUUUGGAACAAUUCUGAGCAGGAAGGCAAAGCUUCAAUUUGCAUAUCUUGGAAAUUUUGAAACCAAAACAAGAAGCACCGUCUCAGUCAGAGAAGGACAAGGAGUGGUUUUGCUUUGUGGUCCUCCACCACACUAUGGAGACCUUUCCUAUGCUUGGAUCUUCAAUGAUAACCCCUUGUAUGUUCAGGAGGACAGCCGUCGAUUUGUCUCCCAAGAGACAGGAAAUCUAUACAUCGCCAAAGUAGAGCUAUCUGACGUCGGCAAUUACACCUGUGUUGUAACUAAUGCUAAAUCAGAACAAAGUGUUCGGGGCCCACCCACUCCACUCAUCCUCCGUAGUGAUGGUGUGAUGGGAGAGUAUGAACCAAAGAUUGAAGUACAUUUUCCAGAAACAACAUACGCAGCGAAGGGUUCAUCUGUUAAACUGGAAUGCUUUGCUCUUGGAAAUCCAGUUCCCAGUAUUAGCUGGAAGAGGAGUGAUGGACACCCAUUGGCAAGGAAAAUCAAACACUACAAAUCCAAAGGAGUCCUUGAAAUCCCAGAUUUUCAGCAGGAAGAUGAAGGCUUUUAUGAAUGUAUUGCAGGGAACAUUAGAGGAAGAAACAUUGCAAGAGGUCAACUAAUAAUCUAUGCGCUCCCUGAAUGGGAUAAAAAAAUCCAAAAUGCCUAUCUGUCUCUCUACGACAGCUUGUUUUGGGAAUGUAAGGCAAGUGGAAAACCAAGUCCUUCCUACAGUUGGUUAAAAAAUGGCCAACCCCUUAUGCCAGAGGAGAGAAUUCAAAUAGAAAAUGGAACUCUUACCAUAACUAUGCUGAAUGUAUCAGAUUCUGGCCUCUAUCAGUGUGUUGCGGAAAACAAAUACAAUACAAUUUACGCCAAUGCUGAGUUAAGAGUGAUAGCUUCAGCCCCGGAUUUUUCCAAAAAUCCUGUGAAACAAAUGUCAGUUGCUCAGGUUGGGGGUGAAGUUACCAUUGAAUGCAAACCAAAUGCUUCUCCCCGGGCAGUUAUCAGCUGGAAAAAGGGCACCAAUGGUCUGCGACAAAACAAAAGGAUCUUUAUGCUAGAUGAUGGCAGUCUCAAGAUAUAUAAUAUUACCAAAACAGAUGCAGGAGUGUACACUUGUAUAGCAAUGAAUCAAUUUGGAGUUGCCAGGAAUUCAGGAAACCUGAUUGUGAAAGAGAGGACUGUAAUUACUGUUCCACCUUCUAAAAUGGAUGUUACAGUUGGAGAGAGUAUAGUGCUACCAUGUCAGGUGUCUCAUGACCCCUCCGCUGAGGUUGUGUUCACAUGGUCAUUCAAUGGAGAUGUGAUAGAUUUUAAAAGAGGAGUGAAUCAUUUUGAAAGAAUUGGAGGACAAGAAUCUGUUGGGGAUUUGAUGAUAAGAAAUAUUCAGCUAAAUCAUUCCGGGAAAUAUGUUUGCAUGGUACAAACAACCAUAGACAGUCUAUCUGCAACAGCAGAUGUAAUUGUAAGAGGCCCUCCAGGUCCCCCACAAGAUGUUAGAGUCGAACACAUUUCUAGCACCACUGCCCUGCUAUGCUGGAGACCAGGAACAGAUAAUAAUAGUCCAGUCCAGAUCUACAGUGUUCAGACAAGGACUCCUUUUUCAGUUGGAUGGCAGGCAGUUUCAACCGUUCCUGAAGUUCUCAAUGGCAGAACCUAUUCAGCAACCGUGACUGGUUUAAACCCUUGGGUUGAAUAUGAAUUCCGUGUGGUUGCUGGCAAUAACAUUGGAAUUGGGGAGCCAAGCAGACCAUCAGAACUGCUAAGAACGAAAGCAUCAAUUCCUCUAGUGGCACCAACAAAUGUGAGCGGAGGCGGAGGGAGUCGCUCUGAGCUUGUCAUCACAUGGGAGUCAGUUCCUGAAGAAUUACAAAAUGGGGAAGGUUUUGGCUACAUCAUUAUGUUUCGGCCUCUUGGUUCAACAAGCUGGACGAAGGCAGUAGUGGCUUCAAUAGAAGCAUCGAAGUAUGUCUACAGAAAUGAAAGUAUUACACCUCUCUCCCCUUUUGAAGUUAAAGUGGGUGUCUACAAUAAUGAAGGAGAAGGGACUCUGAGCUCCAUAUCUAUUGUCUACUCAGGAGAAGAUGAGCCACAGAUUGCACCAAUGGGGGUUUCUGUGCAGAGCUUUUCAGCUUCUGAAGUUGAGGUAUCUUGGAAUGCUAUUGCAUGGAACAGGCACACAGGAAGGGUACUUGGCUAUGAGGUUUUAUACUGGACAGAUGAUUCCAAGGAAACCGCAGCUGGUAAAGUUAGAGUCAGUGGAAAUGUAACAGCAAGAAACAUCACAAGACUAAAGGCCAACACAAUAUAUUUUGCAACCAUAAGAGCUUACAAUACAGCUGGGACAGGACCAUCCAGCACUCCAGUCAACAUCACUACUAAGAAGUCGCCACCAAGUCAACCACCAGCAAAUAUUGCAUGGAAACUGACAAAUUCAAAAAUAUGCUUGAAUUGGGAACAUGUAAAAACAAUGGAAAAUGAAUCAGAGGUGUUAGGCUACAAAAUUUCGUACAGGCAAAAUAGACAAAGCAAAACUCAUAUACUGGAGACAAAUAACACCUCAGCUGAGCUUCUGGUACCAUUUGAAGAAGAUUAUCUCAUAGAAAUAAGAACAGUCAGUGACGGUGGGGAUGGCAGCAGUAGUGAGGAAAUUAGGAUUCCAAAAAUGUCAAGUUUAAACUCCAGAGGAACAAAAUCAUUCCAGUUGGUAGUCCAUGUGGUAACAAAUGGGAUUAUGAUUCUGAGUUGCAUUCUUACUUUCUCAGCUCUUUGAUGAUUAAAGCCAGGGACAGUCAUGGACUUUUGAAAGUAAAUCGUCUAUAGAUUUUAUCCUGAUACUAAAGCCACAGCCAACAUUCACGAUGACUAUACUA